AUGCCGGCUGCUGUAAGCUGUACUGUACCGUACAGGCUGGGAGGGAGGCAAAGGAAGACGCUUUGUCACUGGGCAUUGGUUAUAGGCAAGCCAUUGUUGGUCCGCGGGGAGGAGGGCUGGAGGGGUGGUGAGAGGCGAAAUGUGGCGUCGGGGUCUCAGGCGGGAGGCGUCUUGUUGAGACAUGUCGGGGAGCGGUCAAAAGACCGGAGAGAGGAAGAGAGAGGGUCACAUUUGGGACGUGGGAGGGCAGCAUCUGUGAUACUGGUUGCGGCACUGGCUGCGCACGAUGACGACGACGGCAACGAAGACAACGACGAUACAACAGGAGAAAAGUUCAGGCCGCUCCUUGACAAGUACACUUGGAGUUGGCCGUCCGUACCAUCUCCCUACCUGGGACAUCCAUCAUUUGCUUAA